ACGAACUGGUCUGCUUAGAAAUGGCUGAAGCUCCACCACGGCCCUGCCGGUUUUUUUGUCACCAGUGUUCAGCAGAGAUUAGUCCGCGUUUACCGGACUACACCUGUCCACGCUGUGAUUCUGGUUUUAUUGAGGAACUGGCUGAGGAACGAAGUACUGAAAAUGGUUCUGUGUCAUCGUCCUCCACCAGUGAUCAUAACCGGCAAGCCUUUGAGAACGUGGAUCACCAGCACUUGUUCACGUUCCCCUCCGGGUACGGUCCGUUUGCCCUCGGGAUUUUUGACGAGAACUUCGACCUCCGAAUGCGGCUACCCACAGAAGACAACCGCGACGCAGAGAACAGGAGAGAAAGGGAAAUGGCAUCGCGACAACGAUACAGUGCGCGGCAACCCCGCGGCCGGCAUGUUCCUCGACGGCAGGGUACGCGUCCCGAAGGAGUGCCCACACUAGAAGGAAUUAUCCAGCAGUUAGUAAAUGGAAUCAUUGCACCUACAGCCAUGCCGAAUAUGGGGAUGGGAUCGUGGGGAAUGCUCCAUUCCAAUCCAAUGGACUACGCCUGGGGGGCCAAUGGUCUUGAUGCUAUCAUUACACAGUUAUUGAACCAGUUUGAAAACACGGGUCCGCCUCCUGCAGACAGAGAAAGGAUUAAGAGUUUACCCACCGUCACCAUCACAGAACAACAUGUGGGUGCUGGUUUAGAGUGUCCUGUGUGCAAAGAAGACUACAGCGUUGAGGAGAAUGUUAGACAACUGCCAUGCAAUCACUUGUUUCACAAUGACUGUAUAAUACCGUGGCUGGAACAGCACGAUACAUGUCCUGUGUGCAGGAAGAGUCUAAGCGGACAGAACACAGCCACAGACCCGCCAGGGUUAUCAGGAAUAAGCUUCUCUCCCUCGUCCUCCUCCUCUUCCUCCCCCAGCUCACCUAGCAAUGAGAAUGCUGCCAGAAACUCCUAGAUGUUCACCGCCACCGUCGCCACACAUCUGGAAAAACAAAACCUCACGACAAACGAGAACCAACGCCUCUCAGCCGAGACCGGGACAGUGGUCCGUCUCAAUGCUAGGGGACGAUAUGAGUCGAGUUGAACUGUGAAAUCUAUUGCAGAUUUGAAGUCAUCAUUCCUCCCUCUGUGCUGAGCGGACAGCGGGUCCAGCUCAGAGUACUUGAGGAGGGCGAACUGGGCCGUGUUGAAAGAGGAUCCAGAAAGGCUGCGAGGACUAAUAGAGAGAUUGUGACCAGAGCUGACGUGAGCUCAGUUUGAGCCAGAGUGGACUGCUUUUUGAUGGAGACGUGUGUUUGCCACAAGGCUGGGGCACAUUUUAUAUUUAAAUAACAGAAUGCUCUUUUCUUUUUUAAAACAUAGCCUGUGGUGGUGCAGAGUCCGUAGAUGUGUAGAUAGAGAAUUAAUUUUGAAUGGUCAGCCACUGUACAGCUGGUGGAUCAAACUAAAGCCCGAGUGUGUUCAUCUGACUCCUAUUUAUUUGCACCUUUUAUUUUUUAUUUUGCACAACAUUCUGUCUGAUGUUAAGAAUGUGAAUUUGGGUAAACUACUGAACAACAAAAAGACUUCACAUCUUUUGCAUUGAAUAAGUCCUUUAGGACUUGUUUAUCUGUUUUUAUUAGAUUUUAUUAGAUCCUCACAGCUCAACAGUGGACACAUUUUUAUUCCUAAAGUGAAAAUAUUCACCAACCUACUUACAAAACUCAAAUGAACCCUAACCUAAAAACGGCAUGGAAAUCUCUGACCUCUGUGAAACUGGCCAAAUGGGUUUCACAAAACAAGUGUUUUAUUUACAGAUUUUUCGUACAGUCGCAAUAAAGUACUAAAACAAACAAAUAUGAAGUUCCUGCUGAUGAUGAACGUUUUCACAAUCGUAUCCUACCUGUGCUGUUGUAGGAGGUUUAAUUUAACACAUUUUAUAAUGCUUCAAUGUCAAUCAAACUCCAAUUGUUGAUCAGGAUAAAAGACCCCGCUUGGAAUUUUUUUUGAUGUUUUAAUGCUUUAAAACAAAGAGUUAAUGUGGCUCUUUUAAAAUUGAUCAACAGAGAAAUACCCUUUUUAAAAUGGUGAAAGCAGAUGGUUACAAAGAUAUCUAAAUUACAAAUAUAGAAUAUGAAAUACUUGUUUAUAUUCAGCUCCUUUAAGGACGCACCUCAAUCACCGCUGGUGCAGCCAAUAGAUCCUGUUAAUUGCAGACAUUUUGACAAGUCAUGUCUGGAAAAUGUAUUUGUGGACGUAUUUCUUUCUUUAAAUCCUCCUGUGGACAGUGUUGUAAAUUAACUUUUUGCUCCAAACUCUAAACAUAAUGCAUUUGGUCUUUUGGCAUAAAUGUAUGUUACAAUUCUAAAAUACUGUGAUGUCCAUAUCAAAUAAACUAGACUCAACAUGGCAAGUACAUUACCAAAUCACAAAAAACAUGAAACCUUAAUUUUGAAUUAGUUAAAGUUAAUGUUGAUAAACUAACUCGGACCAGGAAUUUCUUUUUAGCAAUAAUUAACAAACAGGUGGCUGAUGAGUCACCAGACCAGAGAUUUACAUAUUCAAAUAAAUACCAAUAACAAAUUGAAUUCAUCUUCCAGACGUUACCAAAGCAAAUAUGAAAUACUGUUUGUUUUUUAGUGGUUUAUAUACGAGACCUUGGCAGCGCAAAGGCUGACUUAAAACAAAAGAUUCUCAAUCAUCCUCUCAUUUAGUUUUACUGGUUCAGAACAUUUGUCUUUUUUUUCCUCACCUAUAAGGUAAAUGGGUUUCGAGAUAAAACCCUUUUCGCUCCUGAGCAGUACUCUAACGUGUGUCUGUGUCAUUCAUACCAACACUUCUUUUCAUUUUCUUGACAUUUCUGUGAAUCACAGCAUCCUCUUGGUCUCUGUCUUUUAAAAAACUGUUAAGAGAGCGUCACACCGCUGCGUCACCUCGCUGAAAAGCGAACCUUGGUGCAGCGUUUUGUCUGAAGUGGAGGGAGGACGGCAGAGAGAAGGAGAGGGGAGGGGGAGAGAGUGAUGACGCUUAUGGCUUACCAGCACUGAUGUCAAAAGGUAAAAGUCGUGCAGGAAGAAAAUCCUUCACCAGUUUGAAUUCCUAUUUUAAAAGUAAGUACAGUGAUGAUGUAUAAUACGCUAACUAUUGUAUCUCUUCUCCAGUGAUGAAGCACUCCACUAUCAUGGUGUAUAUCCCACAUGUGUUUGGAUAAUGCUCUGCAGUAUUGCAGCUUAUAGGCACAAACAUGCUUCAAGACCAUUUUAUAUACUAGUGUGAUUCCCUCC